UCUAGUGUCUAUAGCAAAUCCGUGUGAAGAACAAAAACUACGAAUGAAAAGUGAUUUCGGAGAAUAAUUGAAGCCUUUUCAUGUGAUUUUGUGAAUUUGUGUUUGUGCAAAAUUAAUUGUAAACUGUGUUUGUAUAGUACUUUUGGAGCAAAGUUCCCAAAAAAACGUACCGCUUGGUAGUAAUAUGAGUAAUGUUACCAACCAAAAUGGAACAGGUCUAGAGCAGCAGCUUGCUGGUCUGGACUUGCAGCCUCAGGCUCCUAAGAGUGCUGGCCGCUACAUCCCCCCGCAUCUGCGCAGGUUGCAGGCCAACACUUCUCAAGGAGAAGAGUCUAAGCAUUCCAGCUUAGACAGUCGUCCUAGCGAGUCGAGGGACGUCCGUUCAUCAUUCGGAGGCAGCUCUAGAGGUUACGACCGUGGUGGUCGGCGCGACGACCGCGAGCGUGACCGCGACCGUGAACACGAUCGCGGCUACGAUUCGCGAUUCCCGCGCAGGGACCGCGGUCGUGAAUCCGGAUACCAAAAUGGCGAUACAGACCGAUGGGAGUCUGGCGGCGAGCGGUGGGGCGCGCGCGAGCGCGGGGGCGGGGGCGGCGGGCGCACGCGCGAGGCGGGCGCGGGGGGGCGCGCCGAGAGGGACGACGAGGAGCCGCUGCAGCCGCGCAACGACCGCUGGAAGGAGCCCGAGCCGCGCGCCGACGAACGCACCAACUCGCGCUGGGCCUCCGACGACGUCCGCCGCACAAGCUCUCGUAGGGACGAGGUAAACUCACAAACUUACGAGAAUGACUGGACGAUCCCGCUACCUCGCGACGAGCGGCAGGAGUUGGAGCUGUUUGGCACGGGCAACACAGGCAUCAACUUUUCCAAAUACGAGGAUAUACCGGUGGAGGCUAGCGGCGACCGCGUGCCAGACUUCAUUACCAGCUUUGAGGAUGUUAACCUGACGGAAAUAAUGCGCUCGAACAUUACCCACGCUCGCUACGACAAACCGACGCCGGUGCAGAAGUAUGCGAUCCCGAUAGUGCUCGGUCACCGCGACGUGAUGGCGUGCGCGCAGACCGGCUCCGGGAAGACUGCCGCGUUCCUCGUCCCCAUACUCAACCAGAUGUACGAGGCUGGACCCGUUAAGCAUAUGGGGCCGUACAACCGACGCAAGCAGUACCCUCUGGGCUUGGUUCUGGCUCCGACACGCGAGCUCGCCACCCAAAUUUAUGACGAGGCUAGGAAAUUCGCCUACCGCUCCCGUGUGCGACCCUGUGUCGUGUACGGCGGCUCCCCGAUACAUGAACAAUUCCGCGAGCUAGAGCGCGGGUGCCACCUGCUGGUCGCGACGCCGGGCCGGCUCGUGGACAUGCUGUCCCGCGGGCGCGUGGCGCUCGACCACUGCCGCCAUCUUGUGCUCGACGAGGCCGACCGCAUGCUGGACAUGGGCUUCGAGCCACAGAUCCGCAAGAUCGUUGAAGGGCACACCAUGCCCAAGACCGGCGAGCGACAGACCCUCAUGUUCUCCGCUACCUUCCCCAAGCAGAUCCAAGUGCUGGCGCAGGACUUCCUCUUCAAUUAUGUUUUCCUCGCUGUCGGACGCGUCGGGUCUACCUCCGAGAAUAUUACCCAGAAGGUGGUCUGGGUAGAAGAGUCACAAAAGCGCUCGUUCCUUCUGGACUUGCUGAACGCGUCCAACUUGCUGCAACGCUCGCGCCCCGAGGAGGACCAACUCACCCUGGUGUUCGUUGAAACCAAGAAGGGUGCGGAUCAGUUGGAAGAGUACCUGGACACGGAGGGGUACCCGGUGACGUCGAUCCACGGCGACCGCACGCAGCGCGAGCGCGAGGAAGCGCUGCGCCGCUUCCGCUCCGGACAGACACCCAUACUUGUUGCCACCGCCGUCGCUGCUAGAGGCCUGGACAUCCCCCACGUCCGUCACGUGAUCAACUUCGACUUGCCGUCCGACGUGGAGGAGUACGUGCACCGCAUCGGUCGUACCGGCCGUAUGGGCAACCUCGGCGUGGCCACCAGCUUCUUUAACGACAACAACCGCGGCCUGGCGCGCGACCUGGUCGAGCUACUCGUCGAGGCCAAGCAGGACGUGCCUAACUGGCUGACGGACACGGCGGCGGACGGGCGGCUGGGUGGCGGCGGGCGGCGCGCCGGCAGCCGCUCGGGCGGCGGCCGCUUCGGCGGCAGCGGCUUCGGGGCGCGGGACUUCCGCACGCAGCCGCGCCAGCAGCCGCGCUCCGCCGGACCCUCCUCCAUGGGAUCCAGCUUCGGCUACGGCGGUGGGUCGUACGGCGGCAACUACGGCGGCUCGUACGGCGGCGGCGGCGGCGGCGGCGGCAACAGCGGCGGGCCCGACUGGUGGGACUCCUAAGUCCGCAGCCCGCACCGCCCUCGCCCCAGCGGCCCGCCUCGCCACGACACUACGUAAUGCCCCCAUACACGUGACCCUACCCCAACCAGAAACAUCUUGCAGUCCCCGAAACCGAUUUGCCUAUAAUGUGAAUCCGUUUCAUCCGUCACAUCUAAAUUAUUUUCGUUUCCUAUUAUGUUGAUAGCGUCAGUGUAUGCGGGUAUUAUUAGUUUUACAGACCCACUCCGCGUUUAUAUCAUAAGCGAUGUAAAACGUUUUAGAUUAAUAUAUUUCAUUUUAUUCGUAUAUUGUGCCUCGAUUAUGAUUCAUAUUGUUGUAGCUCUACAACACAAUAUCCCAGUUCUCUGUCCAGUAUACAAGCUAAAUUUAUAGUGCAUGACAAUGAUUUGUAAUGGAGGCACGAGAGAUCGGACUGAAAAUUCACCCGUGACUAUGUAACGUUAAGUUGUUAAUGUUUAUACGAUGGAAGAGAGCGGUGCGAGAGAGACGUGCGACGUGUGAGGGGCGCCGGCGCCGGAGAAUCUCAGGUGGACCGCGCCGCGCGCGCCCGCUGUUUCUUAAUAUUAUUCUCUUCAUAGAUUCACCAUGGGCUUAACAAAUGUCUGUGAAUUACCUAUCCGCUAGAGCGAUCCUCGUAGAUCGCCGCCUCGCGGAAUAACCGAUUAGCAUAAAUUAUUAUAACGAUGACACAUUUCGUUUGCGUCACCCCCGCAGUGACGAGCAUGCGUUUUAUCAAUUUUAAUUAACGAUUAUGUGAGAGUAGUCGGAUUAAUAUAGAAAUAUUUUUGAUGUUUGAUCUGUAUCGUGAAUGCGUAAAAUGAAUCAUGUAACUGUGUAUUUCGGAUCGCGUUAUUUCUGACGGUCCUUGCUGAGUCACCUUCUGACACUGGAGUUUCAAGCAUUUAUGCACCCCUAAGUCGAUGUAGAAUUGACGCAGUAGAUUUUAGAAAUUGAAUAGUACCGAUACAGUAUCAUAGUAAAUAAUAAAAUUUUAUCUGUAGAAAUCCCGUAUAGUAACAUCUGUCAUCAACGUGGUCUAUAAUUUGAAUGUGAAUUUACCAAUAAAAAUUUAAGAACCAGGA